AUGCACUGGGAGGACCUGAGCCUCCGGAUAGCUGAGCUGGAGAAACAAGAGCAGGAGAGGAGGGAAAGGUCAAAGAGCGGGGCGGGGGUGAGGACGGAGGGCAGUCAGCGGGGGGGGUGGAGAGACGUCUGGGGGGGAGACGAGGACGACUGCAGCAGGUGUCGAGUCGCCGUCGUCACUUCACGAUUGCACAACCAUAGAAACCUGCAGCUGUGCUUCAUAAACGACAGCGACAGUGAAGACGAGGAGGAAGGAAGCACCAAGAAGGUAACGGCCGCCGCCGCCGGGCUGAAACAGGAAGUGGCGAAUGCUCUGAGGACGCUGAGAGACGAGCUGCUGGCUGAGCAGAAGGAGGCGGAGCAUCUGACUAGCAGCAGCUGUGUUGCCGAGCGGAAACAUCUGGACCGUCGGGAGCUGCAGGAGCGUUCAGCUCAGCAGCUCAGCAGCUUGGGAACAUCAUUCCAACAGGAAGUACACGCUCUGAGCUCUGAGCUCGUGGCCCACCUGGUGGUCCGAGACCAGCUGAGGACGAAGCAGGACGCCAUGCUGCUGGACGUCCAGGACCUGACCUGACAACCAGGACCUGACAACCAAGACCUGGCAACCAGGACCUGACCUGGCAACCAGGA